AAUGCUUAGGUGGGGCAGCAUAUGGUCCGCAGGCUUUAUGGAGUGAAUUAUUCAUGUGUCACAGCUUCGUGUGCGUCAGAAGGCUUAAGUUUUUCAUAGAUAGUCACAGCCCAAGACAUUCUGAUUUUGGAAACAAAGAUUUUUUUGAAUGAUGAACAACAGAAGUACUCCAGCUGCUAGUUCGGAUAGAUCUCAUGGAACUAGUGUGUACCAUCAGCAAUAUACCACUCAGAACUUGCGUAACAGAAAUCACUCAUUUGGAGUGACAUCUGAUGAUGUGUAUCCAAGUACCAGUCAGAAUAAUUCAAUUGGACCUGCCAUUGCAAACUAUCAGCCUCAAUGGGGGAGAGACCCACGUAGGGCGGAACAGCGGAAAAGAUUUUCAGCAAAUACUCAUGAAAACCAAAGGGAACAGUUAUCAAACCUUGAUUACCAAGAGAAGUGUCUUUUGUACGUCCAACAAUAUGCCAGUCAAAUCAUGCCUUGCAUAAAUAAGUCACUUGCAUUGACACCAUCUGCUCAUAACAUUCAAGAUUUUGCCUAUACAAGUACCAAUCAAAAUAGGCCAUAUGGAACUGCCACAUCAAGCCCACUGCAUCAGACAGACCGAGACCCAUAUAGGCUUCAACAAUCGAAUACUCGUCUAGCAAAUGUUACUGAGAACCAGAGGGAUCAUUCUUUACUAUAUAAAAGCAUGUUUGAUGCACAAGGACAUUUUGGUCAAGAGAGAGCACCUGCAGUCAAUCCUGCAUCAACUGAAAGGUGCAUUACAUUAGAUGAUGAUCCCAUUGCAAUAUUUGGAGCCUAUUAUAUGCAUAGUGAUUGGUAUAAAGCAUCAUGUCAACCCUCACCUUAUUCAGAUUUAGUAAGGAAAUUAUUCACUGAAUCAAAAUCUGCGUCAUCACAAACAGGGAAAAUAAUCAUUCCAACAAAAUACAAGAGUAUAUUUGAUGAUGAUGAUCUUCAGCCUUUCUUUCCAAGGCAUCCAGAGGAUUCAGAUCAUCGUGUAAUACCUGAAAAUUGUGAGGAUGCUCAAGAGUAUUCCAAAAUUCGCCAACCACAGCAGGGGUGCUCUAGUGGAACUAUCGCGAAGAAAAGACAGAAAUUAUCUCCAAAAUGCUCAGAUGACCAAAUGGCAGUUAAUGCUAGUUCCCUGUCUUCUUCACAACAACAAAAAGAAAAGGAAAUUCAUACUACACAGGCAACCUUUGAGAGCAGUGAAGACCAGGGUAUGACCUCCAGGGUGCUCUUGCCCACCACAGAGAUUGGGCAAGAUAUUGAUAUUCAAGGAGAGGAGUUAAUCAAGACAGAACCUUUCUUGGAAGAAGAUUUUGGUUUCCAAGUGAAAGAAGAGGUGCCAUGGUGGUGAAUUAUUAAGAUAAUUUUCAUUGCAAUUGCAUUAGUAAUAAUUAAAAUUGUGUUUAUUUCUUAUCUUGUUCACAUUUUUGUAAUAUUGAAAGAAUUCUCUUUUCUAUUUGAUUUUGUAUUGAUAAGAAAGUGUGCUUUAUGAGUUGCAAUUAUUUUUGUAAAGGUAAUUCUAAUUAGAUGACUUGGAAAUACUGUACAUAAGUCCUGUGCCAUAUUUGUAGUUAACUUGCAUCAUAAUUCAUUGUUUCACAUCAAAAAUUCAUUAGAAUAUGGAAAUAUAAAUAUGGAAAUCAUUUAUUUUGCAUUUAAAAAAGAGUCAGUCAAAUUUCAUUUAUUAGGUUUAGUUUGGAAAGAAAGUAAGAGAUGUACAGAGAUGUAGCUUGAUGUCUUAGAAUGCUGCUUCCCCC